GAGGGUUUGGUGGUUCUAUUACAAGGAUGACUAAUCCACGAGUCGAUCAGUGAAACGAUCGGUCGCUGUAUCGCAUACCUUCUUCAGCUUCUCUCCCCCCUUCUCUUGUAGAGAAAACAUACUACAAAUUAUAAAACCAGCAUACCGAAAACAAUGAAUAACUCACUUCGAUCAAUCAACGACGUAAAAUUAAACAGAUCCAACCAAAAAUACAACUCUCCAGCUAGAUUGCGAGACACAACCAACGAGCGACCACCUCCUUACCUAUAGCCCACCAUUUCGCACCAUCUGAUCUACACACACAAUAGCACAGACACGCGGAAGCUUUCGUCUCUGAUUUACUAUUUACCAAGUACAAUCCCUCGAAUUUCAUUGUAUAAAGAACAGCUUUCAUCAAUCCAAUCACACAUUCACAGGCGUCAAACCAAGAUGUCCUCGAUGACUCCCCACAAAGGGCAACGUCAACCGCAAACCUUCGCUGCAGACUUCGGAACAGCCUCCCCUCGAAACGCCCCUCAAAGUCCACACGGUUACAAUAGUCAAGCAUAUUUACAAAACAUGCACCCCUCGAUGACUUAUUCUGAUCAGCAACCUACUACCCCUCCUCGAACUCCUCGAAGAGUCCAGCAGAACCAGCCAGCCUCUCAAAAUAAGCCAAACUCAACCCUUCCCGACAAUAGUUCUAGAAAGUCUACCAAUAAAAGAAGACCCAAAAAUGUUCAGACGUCUCCCGUUGCAACUAGGAGUGAUCGAACUACCCCGCCAUUGACCGGCGCUCAAUCUACCAAUAGUUCGACUGCUCCUAGACCUAUCCAAACACCAUCCGCAGCUCAAGUUUAUGCAGGCCCAACUUUCCAUGCAUCUCCAGCCCCGUCAGCUUUGCCUAUGCCCAGUUUUUAUUCAAAAUCUGUCCCAGAAUCGCCAGCGAUCAGAACUGGAAGUGCGGUCAAAGAGCCAGAUUCAUCUGCCGAUGAAUCCUCACAAACCCCGUCUUCAGCACAGAUAUUUAGGGAUGUGUCACAUAGGGAGGAAUCACCCCUCGAUCUUUUCUUCAAAGCAGAUAAACGGGAGAAGGCUGAAAAGAUACGAGCACGAAGUACCAACUCAAAUGCCACCGGUUCUGUUGGACCUUUCAAUCCCCCAAUCGAGUCGCCGGGAAAUACAAGAACUCCAUCACAGCCCAACAGUCAAUAUCGUAAUAAAAACAUACCAGCUUCUCGUGGUUCGGCAAGUAGUAUGUUUUCUAUGGAGGAGGAUGGGUCCAGCAGUCCCGGAUUACCAUUGGGGCCAGCAUUCUCCACCCCUUACAAUGAAAGAAUCAUGAAAGCACUCAAGAAUUCGGGUUCCUCGCAGCCACAUCAAGUGUCGCCAAGUCCUUCUCAGUCAUCACUAGACAAGUCGGAACAACUCAAGGCUUACCUUUUUUCCGAGGGGCCAUCCACUAAUGGCAACCUUGGGCCUGCUUUAAGCUUAACGACAAAUUCCGCAAUGUCAAGUCAUGGUGGACACAGCUCUCCAACUGGCCCAAGGAAUGGCGGUCCACCUGGAAGAUCCCCACAGGCCAACUACAAAUUCAGAGGUGAAUCCCGAAGCUCAGGCGAAAUUCCCAAAUCCGCUCGGUCAGGUCUUCGCCAAGAAGUCUCCCCAGCGAAAACUCCUACAAGAACGCCUGAGCGUGCUCAUUCAUACGGGCCAUCACAAAAUCUUUCUCAAAUCUAUGGAAAUAACUUCUCAGCUGGCAAUAAUCUUAAUAAUACUACCCAAGUCGCACAUUCCUCCCCUGUGCCACAAGGUUCCUCUGGUGCCCUUCCUGGAACUAGCAAUCCCGAUUUCCGAGGCAUGGAAAACGAUUUAAGACGGAUCCUGAAACUGGAUUCGCCUGGCUUUGCUGGAUCAGCAAGGUAACUUGCUGUGCAAAUCUACCUUUCUUUUCUCGUGGCAAAUGGAGUUCGGGUGAUGGCUUAUAUGACAUCGCGGGUAGGGUUACUAUAUUGGCGUUCUGGUUAUAAUGCAGAUUUUUUUUUCUUCCUCCAGUGAGAGCGUUAUGGUUACGAAUUGGUGCAUGGGCUUUUCAGGGUUCGUGGCAUUUUUAUAGAGAUGAUGGCUUGGUAUACCCAUGUUAGUUCUCACAAUGUUAGGGCUGGUUUGCCUUGUAUUAUGGGAGCAAUUUCGGAAAUGUUCUUACGAUUGAUGCUCAUACUUCAAAUCUCGUACUAUAACGAUUGAUAUUGUUACAUUUCUUGAGGCAAGAUUCGGCCGUCUGGACUACAGCAAUUGAGUUGGAUUACUGGGGGAAGGAGAAGCAGGGUGGCCUGGCGGUGUGGGAGCCACCAGCAAUACAUAAAACAUAACAUAAAAAAACUCGGAUCUCAGAUUAUGUUUCUUGGCCGCUAGAGUUUAUCGUCGCAGAUACACGUAGUUAGUAGCUUCUAGUUAGAGCUAUCACCGAUGGCUAAACAGAAAUGAAUCCGUUACAAUAAACAUAAACA